AAUUAAUACUAAUUCAAUAAUGCCAUGUAUAAAUGAAAAUUCUACAAAAUUACUUAUUGAAGAAAUUAUUAUGUUAAAUUUUCGUGCUUAUAUUAUACCAAUUUUUAUUAUAUUUGGUAUAAUUGGAUGUAGUUUUAUUAUAAAUAGUUUUUAUUCAAUACAAAAAUUACAACCAUCUAGAUUUAAUAUUUAUAUAAUAUGGAUUACAAUAUUUCAAUAUGUUGAUUUAAUAAUGAAUACAUUAUUAGAUGAUUUUUUAGGACGUGGUUUAACAUGGGCAAGUGAUUGUAUUAUAUUUAUUAAAUUAGAUAUUAUUACAUCAUUUACAUGUAAAUUAAUGAAUUAUAUACCUUAUACAUCUGUAUUAAUAUCUAAUAUAUUAUUAGUUAUAUUUAGUAUUGAUCGUUUAUUAACUAUUAUAAAACCAAUAAAAUUUCGUGGAGAUUUAUAUUUAUUGUUACCAAGGUUAUUUAUUAUUUUUAUAAUUUUUUUAAGUAUGUUAUUAUAUUUACCACAAUUAAUUUAUUCUGAUUUAAUUAAAUCAGAUAAUACAUCAUUAAUAAGUAAUUAUACAUGUCAAUAUGUUAAUUCAUUAUAUUUUGGUGUACAAUAUAGUUUAUAUUUAUCAACUAUUGGGGGUUAUAUUAUACCAACUAUAUUAAUAGCUAUUAUCAAUAUUAUUAUUAUAUUACGUUUACAAUAUUUAACUAAAAAUAGACAAUUAUUAAAUGGGAAACGAAAUUCUAUUAUAAAAAAUAAAUAUUAUAUUAAUAAUAAUAUUGUUAAUAAUAAUACUAAUAAUAGUAAUAAUAAUACUAAUAAUAAUAUGAUUAAUUUUAUUAAUAAUAGUAAUAUUAAUAAUAACAAUAACAAUAAUAAUAAUAAUAAUCGUCGUCAAUAUUCAAUAUCCAAUCAAUCAAUAAUCAAUAUACAAAAACAAUCAUCUAAUGAAUAUUAUAAUGAAAUGAAAAGAAUUAUUGGACAUUUAAUAGUAACAUCAAUUUUUUUAUUAUUUUCUAUACCAUUAAUUGUUAUAAUAAUAUUAAGACAAAAAUCAGAUAUUUUAAAUUAUAAUCAAAUUUAUCCAAUUUAUUAUAAACGUUUAAUACAUUUAUCAAGAUUAUUUAGUUCAUUUACAUCAAUUAUAUGUACAUUUAAUUUUAUUAUAUUUUUUAUAUUUUUACGUAAUUUUCGUUAUAUGGUUUAUUUAUCAAUUUAUACAUUACCAUUCAUUAAAACAACAAAAUAUUCACAAAAACAUAUUGAAAAUAUUGAAAUUAAAUUAUCAAAUCGUUUAAGAAAACGUUUUAAACAAUCAAUUGAAUUAAAAUUAAUACAAACUACAAUGUUACAACAAAAACGUACUCAAUCAAUAAUUGAUUAAUUAAAUGAAUUGAUUAAAGGUGAUGAUGAUGAUGAUGAUGAU